UCCGACCUGUCUGUCACCUCCUGCAGCCUCCCGGCAAGCAUCACCCUUCCAUCUCCCAACACGGCACAACAGACUUUCAAACAAACAGCCGUGACACUUGACAGUUUGGAAUCACUUGGUGUAGGUUUCCGUGCAGCUGGCGAUGCAUCUCGAAGCUUACUGUUGGCAAUGAGGAAUUGACAGCUCUUACUGGGCUGUCUGACCUGGCCUGGCCUGGCUAACGAGCGGGACGGCAAGCCAGGUUUCGAUCCGCUGGCGAGUCCCUAGGCGAAGUCGGUCUCGGUGUCGGUACCUUGGUAAUGACCCAUGGCUCGGAUGCUAACCAAGAUCACUGAGAUGAGGAACAGCGUCAUAUACAGUACUUCUAGUAUGUAUCUGUACGUACGAGGACUGCAAGAGCAAGGAGAAAGAAAUACAUCAUCGAUCAUCGGUGAUAAGGGGAAUACCCUAAUAACACCAUCUCCAUCCUCAUCCCCGUUCUUGCAUUGCAUGUGCAUGCGCGCACACACACACACACACACACACACACACAUACACACACACAGGCAUUCGAAUUUGAUGGUUUCCCAGCGUGGUGGAAACGAAGCGUCGCUGUCGUGGCGCAUCAUCAAUGGCUGGGAUCAACUGGAGACCCUGUACCACACCACCUCGAGGCUAGGGCCGCCCCGACAGUGCGCCGCUUGACUCCAUGUGUGUCUAGCUGAGCUGGGCUGGGCUGGGCUGGGCUGGGCAACGUUGAUGA